CCUGGGGUAUCAGUGGGGCACGCCCCUACAUCCUUAGCAACCAAUGCGUCCUAGCAACGUGCAGAGGCUGACAGUUUGGAACUUUUUUCCCCAGGGAGGGUUUUCUCCAAAGAGUUGACAAGACUCCUUUCUCUCCAUUGUAGCAGCCCAGGUUAUAUCUGAACAAUGGCUCCAAAGGCCAAGAAAGCAAAGAAAGAACGACCCAAGUCAAUCAAACAGAAGCCAACUGUUGAAGAAGAACCUCCACCUUCUAUGGAAAGUAUUGGUCACCCAGAGAUCUUUCCUCUGGUACUUACCACCAAGACCCAGGAAAUUUUUAACUGCCGACCCGAUGAAGAUGUCACAGAGCAAGAACCUAAUAAACUUAUCAAAAAAGAAGAUAUACUUCAGGACUUGAAGAACAGAGCCGGAGUAUCUGAUUUCCACCCAUUCAAAAAACUUGUGAUGGAAUAUCCUGGAGAAGAAAUUUUGAUUGUUUAUGAUAAAGAGUUCAAAUACGGACAGAACUUUUAUCUUAUUGGAACUGAAGAGGCCAAGGAAAACAUUUUAAAACCUCCAGAAGAGCAGAUUGUUGUUGAAGAGAUCAAAGAAAUUCCCGAAGAAGUUUAUGUUUACAAACCACCUAUUCCUAAACCUUGGGUUUCCUUGGGCAGUGAGAAAGAAAUUGAAGAAGAAUCCUUUUAUGAAUCUACAAGCAAGGUAACAUACAAGAUUUCUCGUGAACGAAAACAUUUUGGUGCACCCAUCCAUUUUGGUGAUUAUAAUGCUUCAGGUGUGAAAGACGGCUACAUUGAAUGUACAUCUUAUCAAGAUAAAAAUUUCGCAAUCAAACAGCUCGAGAAAGAUGUGGCUAUACAAAUGAUACCAAUAGUAGAGGAUAAAAAAACUCAGACCCUAUGGAAAUAUCCCAAAAAUGCAGCUAUACAAUAUGAACCUAGAGAAUUCACUGAAGAAGAGUGCAACGCCUAUUUAAAGUCGAAGAGUCUCAAAGAUUUUCUUAACUCCGUAUCCUUGAAUGUUGAAAUGGCCCUGCAACAAAAUGAAAUUAUGAAUGCAUUUAUUGAUGACUGGAAAGCACUGGCUGAGGAAGAAACCACUUUUGGUGACAAGACAGAUUCCCACCUUAAAGAAUACCAGUCCUUUACAGACCUUCACAAUAUAAAGGACAAAACUAUUACUUGCAUUUGUUGGCAUCCCACGAUUAAUGGACUAAUAGCUGUGUCAGUAGCGGAACGACUCAGUUACGAAGAAAGAGUUCACUAUGCUGGCAGAUUACUUCUGCAACAGUCAUUGAUUCUUUUUUGGAGUUUCUCUGAUCCUAUACAUCCUCAGCUGAUGCUGGAAAGCCCAGAUGACAUCUUCUGCUUCCGAUUCUGUCCCAGUAACCCUAACAUAAUUGCUGGAGGCUGCAUAAAUGGACAGGUGGUCUUAUGGGACAUCACUUCACACUCUGAGCGCAUAGCAAAUGUUAAAGGCACUGGCGGUACCAGUAAGAAAGCCACACUUAAGCCUAUAUUUUUACUAGAACCAGACAGUACUAAGGAGACACCUUUUGUGAGGCAUUGUGCUGUAUCAUCAAUAGAACAUGGACAUAAGAAAAUAAUCACAGAUAUACACUGGCUGACUGAUAAUUAUGAGCUCAACAGAUUGGGACAUGCUUUUGAGAAUCGCAGUGCAAUAUGUUGUCAGCUGGUGACGUGUUCAGUAGACUGCACAAUAUACUUCUGGGAUAUCAGACCAACAAGGCCUCCACCAGUAACACCUGAGAAAAAAAAAGAAGAAGUCAUUGAGGUUCCUAAGGAUGUGCCUCUUACUUUUUUACACUUAGAUCUCUCUUGGAAACCUCUUCUUAAGAUAUCCUUGAAUAAAAGUGGCACAACUUUAGACUAUUGCCCAGUGAAAGUCAGUUUGAGAGAUGACUAUCUCCACUAUGCUACUAAAGAUAUACAGACACUCCAGCUGAAAGCCCAGCUUGCAGGAUCGGACCCCUACCACAACUUGGAAUAUGGAUUAAGCUUAACUCUCAGGCCGAUAGAGGAUUAUGACACAAAGUUCUUUAUUGGUACAGGGGAAGGGGAAGUGAUAUACUUGGAUUGGAAGCUGGAAAGAGAUCAUGAUUCUGGAAGAUUAAUGAGUCAGAAGCCAGUGUUCCAGUACAGAAUCCACGACGGAAGUAUUCACACUGUCCAGAGAUCACCUUUUUACAAAGACAUUGUCCUUACUAUUGGGGGCUGGAAUGUAGCCAUAUGGAAAGAAGGUGUUUGUGAAGGACCCCUCCUGCUGUCAUGCUGUAACACAAAAAGGUACACUGCCGGACACUGGUCCUUGACCAGACCGGGCGUCUUCUUUCUGGGCAGAGAAGAUGGAUACAUCGAUAUUUGGGACCUGCUGGAGAAAACUCACGAAGCUGCCCAGUCACAAAACAUAUGCAUAACAACCAUCACAUACAUCCGGCCCUGGCAGGUCAGCGCAAAGCAGCAAUUUAUAGCCAUAGCUGAUCAUUACGGAACCCUGCAUAUAUUGGAAAUUCCAUGGACGCUAAGUCACCCUUCGUCCAGUGAGGUUGUAAGUGUAAACAAUUACUUUGAAAGAGAGGUCAAUCACCUGAAAUAUGUAGAAAAGCGCCGGGAAAUGAGAGCUAAGGAAAAAGAAGAGAUGAUCCUAGAGGCAGAGAGAAAGAAAGCGAAAGUGUUUCAAAAGACAAGAGAACAGCUAGAAGCGGAGCUGAGGUUGGCCUAUCUAGACUAUUUGGAACUGGAAAACAAAACCCUUAUAAACCUUGGGAUUGUAGAGACCGAGAAAUUAGGAUCGGCAUGGUGACCUCCCUGGGCUAUCUGUCUGAUGAUCUCUCCCAACUUCAGGAAUGUCUCUUCCCCUUUUCUUAAUAAGGACUUGUUUCCAUAUCAAUUUCUCACCUUUCUGUAAGUUGUACAUAAAACAAGGAGGGUAAAUGUAAAUAAGUUCGCUUCAUUGGCGUUCAUUAAAACAUUUGAACAAGCA